UUAGACUAGAAGCACUAUUGAAGCCUCAUGAGCCCAUGGAAUUGAACGAGAAAUAGCGAAAGUACAAGAGAAAUAAAUCAUGGAGUCGGCGAAAAUCAAACAAAUACGAAAUCCAGAUGAUGAGAGAACACCACUAACAAGAAGAAAACAAAAGAAGUUGACGGUGUAUAACAAACUUUGUUUUGGCGUCGGCGGAAUGCCCUACCAGCUCACCAAUACUGUAAUAGGUUUUUACAUAUCCGUGUUUCUUCUAGAGACGGCGGGCGUCCCACCACAGUACGCAAGUGUUAUUAUUUUGUCCGGGAGGUUAUGGGACGCCUUCACUGACCCCAUCAUUGGCUUGUUAGUUACUAAGACAGAUACAAGAUUUGGAAAGCUCAAACCAUGGAUGGCAUCUUCGGCUCCAUUUGCUGUCGUUAGCUUUUUCUUUCUUUGGUACGUUCCGAGUUUUGAGGAGGAAGGCUACAAGCUGGCUUGGUAUCUUCUGUUUUAUUGUGUUUUUCAGACUCUGCUUUCGUCAUUCCAUAUGCCGUUCUCUGCGCUGACCAUCUUUAUCACAGAGGAUCAGGCGGAAAGAGAUUCAGCUACGGCCUACAGAAUGGCGAGCGAGGUAGCAGGAACUCUGUUAGGUAACAUCAUAAUGGGACAAACCGUCUUCUUGUCUGUGAAGAAAGCCGGAGGAAGGGCAGACUGUUCAGGAAAUAAUACAGAAGUCCCCCAAGAAAUUAUAGAUGCAGAGACCAAAGGAUAUAUGAUCGGAGCCGGGAUAAUAUCUGGCCUUUUUGUGAUUUGUGCAGUUAUAGUUCUUACUGGAACGACAGAAAAAAAACCUCAACAAAGGAUAUCGCAAAGAAAUGAACCCCUUCCGACAGCCGUCAAGAAAGUCUUGACCUUCGGCCCGUACAUUAAGCUUACCAUGUCUUUCCUAUUUUUUUCAUUGUGUAUACAGUCGAUCCAAGGAAAUCUUGCUUUGUUCUUGAAAUAUUCUCUUGGAGUGGACGAUUACCAGUACGUCAUCAUUACAAUAUUGGGUGCUUUUCCAGUGCUUAUCGCAUGGGGAUUUCUUCCGGAAGACUCAUACUGGGCAGUAUACGUGUUGGGUAUUGUUGCUGGUAACUGCAUAUCUGUGGCCCAACUUCUUCCAUGGUCAAUGAUACCAGAUGUUAUUGACGACUUCUUGUUGAAAACUGGUGACAGUUAUGAAACAAUAUUUUAUUCUUUCUAUGUCAUGUUUACCAAGUUUGCCGCCGGUUUAUCUCUGAGUCUAUCUACACUUAUGUUGGGUGUUGCAGGUUAUGAGACCGGCGCUUGUGAUCAGCCGGAUUCAGUCAACAAAACACUUCGUUUGCUGGUAACUGCGUUACCUGCUACGUGCGCCCUAAUCGGGUUUCUUUUCUUAUGGCUGUAUCCAAUAAAUGAAGAGGUGCGAUUGAAAAACAAAACCAUCAUGGAAAUGUGGCGGGACGACAGAGAUGAUAGACGGCGCGCUACAGUAAGGAAGGCCACAGUAUCGCGAGCCAGGACUCGAUCGUACCGUACUCCAUCGACUACGCUGAUGUAGUCAGCAUCAGUACUGUAAACUUUGUAUACUACGUACUCGCGCGAAUAAGCGCCCCGUUUGAAUAACCGCCCCUCCUAACGUGAACAUUUCCUUAAGCGCCCAGUUUGAAUAAGCGCCCCUUCUAAUUUGAAUAAGUGCCCCCUUAUAAGA